UACAGCGGACCGGACCUACCGCGGGUGUGGGGCGCGGCAGCGGCGGUGGCGGUGGCAGCAACGGCCUGUGGCCUCGUUGUAGACGCUCUCUCUGGACCCAGACCGGCUGGUCGCGACCCUGAAAGGCUGCGGCGUCCGGUCUGCGGUUGCUGGUGUGGAGCCUCCAAGCUGGCCUCCGGUGCCGCCCCAUGUGUUUUAAAUGAUGCAUCUCCUGGGAGAAUUUCUACCGGUUGGCCGGAGCAGGAAGUGUCGUCAGGAGGCCAUUUUUAAAGCCUCGGAGGGCCGGUGGAGCAGCGCUUGCUGAUGGCCCCAGGGUUCUGAGUGUGGAAGCCAGGGCCUGGAGCAGAGGCUGCAUGGGCCUGGGUGCCUGAGAAGACGAGGAGGAGCCCCUGCGACCUGCUCUUGAUUCUCAUCGGUAGCCUGGUGGCUCCAGGCCAGAAGUUAGAACCACCUGGCACAGCAGCACCUGUGACUGCAGUUCUCGGCCUCACAGCGACUGGCAGAACACAAAGGAUUUAGAUUAGACACCAGCUGACCAACUCCCUGACCUUAGAAAAGCCAAGCAGCUUCUCCAGAUCUGUUUUCUUACAAGAAACAGGUGAUCAAGGGUGAACCUGGAGGAGUAUCCAGGGGCUGCUCCGGAAGUUCUGCCUGCUGUGUGUAGCAGGAGUGCAGAGGAGAACAGAAGUCCUGGUCUUGGACUGCGCUUACCAGUUCGCCAGGUGGCCUGGAAUGCCAGAGACUCGGACACAGUCAUGUUUCAGGGCCACGCACCUGCAUGGUGGUAUUUAAAAACAGAUAACUAAGUAUGCUUCCGGGAAGUAACCACAUGUCCGCCAGCCACUGUUUGUUGAAGGGUGCCUCUGAAGGAUUCUAUCAUGCCAAGUCUUUCUGGAUCUCAGCGGACUCUGUUAAGAAAUGCAAAUAAAGAAGAUGAAGGAUAUUGGACAGCAGUUGUUCAGUUCACAAGUGAAUGAUGGACACAGUUCUUUGACCAUGUCGCCUAGACAGCCUAACGCUAAUAGAGCCACUCGGCCAGACAGACAGGAAGCCCAGUCACCUCUGUACCAGGGCUCGGAGGCGGAGGCCGCCCUGCUGGCCACCGCCACGUGUGCCAAGUGCAAGAGUGUUCACCAGAUCCCUCCCCAGGAUCUGAGGAAGGGGCCCGGGCAGGGCCCAAAGGAAGACAGAUAUGUCUGCUUCCAGUGCAGCCUCGGGGUGGCUUCGCCCCACCUGCCUUUUGGAAGCAGUAAUCCCAGUGCUGCUCAUCUUGGAAAUAAAGCCGAAACCAUCGCAAGCCCCAGCAAUAACAAGUUCAAGGUAAGGAACUUUAAACCAGGCAAGUACUAUUGUGAUAAAUGUCGCUUUUCCACAAAGGAUCCUCUGCAGUACAGGAAGCACACACUUCAACACGAAGAGAUCAAGUUCAUUUGCUCUCACUGCAGCCACAUCUCCUACACGAAGGGGGAGUUUCAGAGGCACCUGGUGAAACACACAGGCAUCUUCCCAUACCGGUGUGAGUACUGCGAUUACGGUGCUAUUCGAAAUGACUACAUCGUCAAACACAGGAAGAGGGUUCACGAGAAGGCUGGCGGGAAACGGCCGCCCAAAGCUGUCACCAGGCCAGAGCCAAAAAGGACCAGCAUGUCGAGACAAAGUGCAGAGCUUUCAAAAGCCUCUGAUCCAGGCUCCACACUACAGAGCAAGUUGUCCGAUCAACUUUCAAGGUUCUCCUUACAGACUAACAAGGACAAAAUGCACAGCAUCACGUUGGUACCCGAAUUGAAAGAAUACCAGAAAGAUGUGGUGUGUGUCCCCAAUAAGGGGCCCCUGCCAGAGCCCAGUGAAGUCGGGGUGUUGGAGAACAGAAGUGUGGAAGUGGAAGUGCUCUCCCCGGCCACAGAGCCUGUUCAGCCCGGAAUGCCGCUGACCGUGGUGGCACCAGCGGAGCUCGUCGUCCCUGCCAACUGUUUAGCUCAGCUGGUGGAUGUGAAGGUUGUCAAUGGAACACAACAGCUUGUUCUGAAACUGUUUCCUCUGGAAGAAAAUAACCGCCUAGAGGCUGGUGGGAGUGUUAGAGGUCAUUCUGGGCGUACGAGUAAAGAGAAGGGUUCAGAUGGACGAGAAAAAACGGCUUCUGCAGAACAAACCAAGUCCCUGAUGAUCGAAGGGAAAGUUGGAGAACUCGGAGGCCUGGAUAACCUCCGGUCAGUUCAGAAGCAAGUUAAAAAUGUGAAAUGGAUAAGGUCUUACGAUAUGUUCAUGUCCAAUUCUAGUGUGUACAGCUGUGCGGAGUCCCUUCUCAACUCGGCUAGAGCUGGGGACUUGCAGAAAAGAAGCCCUAUGUACCCUCACAGAACUGCCCUUCCUCCCGCUGCCCUGAAAGACCACUCUCCGUUAUCUAUAGUGAAAAACAGUGUUUUGCGUAGUCUCGGCACUACAUCACAUCCUUUCCCCUACAAAGCUGCUGUUCCUUUUACAGACGGCAGGAAACGCUUGCACAGUGACCCACGACAGUGUUUUCCUCUCACGGCAUCACCUACUACCAUCUCCUUCUCUGGAGAAAACGGCUUUCUGCCCAUGAGUAAAAAUGACUUGGAACCUAGACGUGAGAUCAGUAUACCUGUAAGAAUGGUUCCAUCUGCUAGGAAGCUGAAGGACAGCCAGACAGAGGACUACAAAGCAGUUUCAAACACAGGCCAGAUUUCCUCUCAAUAUAGGAGUGAGUAUUUACACAUAAACAUAACAGGAGAAGAUAGAACCAGAUCUCAACAGCCUGGGGAGGAGCCUUUGGUGUUGAAGAAUUCUGAAAGAACUAAUGACCCUUUUGACGGUCCAGUCAUCUCAUCGGUGUUUUCCCUGAGCUCUGGAUCUGAAGACGUCCCGGAGAGUGUUAAGUGGAAUAGUUCAACUUCCAAAAUAAAGUCAAUUGAACUCUUGCGCAGAAAGAUUGCUCAGUUAAUUGAAUCCUGUGGCAAGCCUUCAUCUCUGGCUGCAAGUAAUGCACAACGUCGUUCUGUAGGGCAGGCAACAAAGGGAACUUCGAAAGCUACCCCUGAAGAAAUUAAUGUGCCAUUUACUGGUAGUGGCUAUUCUGCAGGUACUCUCUCAAAACCUCGGGAUGAUGGUGGUAUUAGUGGGCGACAAAUAUAUCCACCAUUUGUAGAAGGCAGCAAUGGGAAAACCGAAAGCCGAAUAACCAGGAAGGCUCCUGCUGCUACUCCAGUGUUGAUCCCCAAAGGGGCAGUGUUGAGGGUUCUCAAUUCCUCCAAGGAUGCCCACAUUAUAGAGGCCACGUGUGAAGCUCCUGUCAGCAUCCCUUGCAGUGAGACCCAGUUAAUAAAACCCAUCCCGCUCUGCCCAGUGAAACCAGUAGACUUGGACUUACAGGCUUCGACAAGUGAGAGCAGGCCAAUAGACAUGUCUCAUAGCCUUGACCCAUCACUUCGGCCUAAACCAAGAAAAGAGAGUGCUGUUUAUAGUGCUACCCUGAAAAAAAUUGGCCCCGUGCACAGUCAGCAAGGAAGCAGUGAAUUGAGUAAGCAAGGGAAAGUGCUUUCUAGACGUCUUCCAAUAAAUAAAAAUAAAGCCAAGCAUGUCAAUCCCUCCAAGAAGAAAAGCAAAAUUCAGGCUGAUCCCAGCCACUGUCUCAAGGAGCCUUCGAUUUUUCAGGUUGCAAGACAGCUUCGACUGAUAGCAGCCAAGCCGGACCAGUUGAUUAAAUGCCCCCGUCGGAACCAGCCUGUCAUCGUGUUAAACCAUCCUGAUGUCGACUCACCGGAAGUGACCAAUGUGAUGAAGGUAAUAAACAAGUACAAAGGCAAUGUCCUCAAAGUCGUCCUGUCGGAGAGGACCAGGUGUCAGCUGGGCAUCAGGCGGCAUCACGUCCGGCUGACCUACCAGAACAUGGAGGAGGCCAAUCAGAUAAAAAGACAAAUGAUGCUGAAAAUGAAACUGAAAAAAGUCCACAAAAACAACUACCAGGUGGUGGAUUCCUUGCCCGAUGACUCGCAGUGCACAUUCAAGUGCUGGUUUUGUGGACGGCUCUACGAAGACCAGGAGGAGUGGAUGAGUCACGGCCAACGGCAUUUGAUAGAAGCAACUAGAGAUUGGGAUGUUCUUUAUUCCAAGGGCAAAUAAGGGAAAAGUUGGUGUUUGAAGCAAAUUGUUUUUCUUUUAGUUUAUUCUGGUUAGGGUUGGGUGUUGUUUUGUUUCGUUUUGGUUUUUUUCUCUCAUCCUUGACUCAGUAGGAGAAACACAGGUUGUGGGAAUGUGAGCAUCGUUCGUUCUUCAGAUCCCUGCUUAGGGGUGUUGAGAACCAGGAGUCGGGCUCAGCCAGAUACGUGACCGGAACUUGGAAGGUGUUUGAAGCCUCUGCAGGUGUACGCACAAGUAUGUGGACAUACUUUUUCCUGGAGAGAAGGGAAACUUUCAGCAGAUUUCCAUGGGAUCUGAGAUUUCUUUGUUUGGCACCCUUUUCCUAAGUAGAUGCAAAGCUCUCGUGACCCAUUUGGGGCUGAGCUGAGAGUGUUUUACGUGCCCUUGUAACAGAAGCUACUGAUGAAUUAAACCCAUGUCUGGUGUGCACACACAUACCCCCCUUUUUUGCCAUAAUUUGUCUGAAUAUUUGGUACUUAAUAGAAAUUAUAUUUUCUACAGUUGUUUUAAAUUUGGUGACAAAGUGGCCAUUUUUUAAAAAUCCCUCAUCCCUCUAGGAUCCUUGAUAAGUGUUCUUUGUAGCAGAGAGAACUGUGCAUUUUCAAAAAAUGUUUGAGAGUCAUUGUAAGGGUUUGCCUGAAUUUGCUGUUUCAACAGCAAGUGUUAGGGAAGAAAAAUCAUUUUCAAGCUUUUGCAUUCUUUUUAAGUACAGUUUUUCAGUUUGUGAUGAUUGGAGCGGGAACGUGCCUUUUUGCAAAACAGAAAGGGUCACGGAGGGAAAGUGUCUGAAGUCGUCUCCUGUCCGCCCUUGGCCCUCUCGCAAAAGCAGCCAAUUAAAAAUGGGAACCAACAGGCUUCUUACCACAGCGAUUAGACCUGGGAAGGUAACUCGAGGUUGGCAUGCAGAGACCGUUUGGCGUCAAUGCGGCAGAGCUGUCCUUUGGAGACCGUCCGCAGACAGGGCUGAAGACCGCGUGCCGGCCAGCGCUGCAGACGCUGCCCCCAGGCUGUGCUGCCUUUCUGAACGGGCCCACCUGUGGGACAGAAUCACUCCCCACUCCCCUCCCCUCCUGUCCCUUUUUUCCUUGUGCCUUUGAGGCCCAUAAAGCUUUCCCUCGGAAAAAUAACUAAAAACUGCCAGGAAUCCACUAAAUGGAAACAUGCCACCACCUCUGCUGUGGUUACAGGAACACUGUCCCAGGUUUUCACCAACCACAACAGUCCCCUUCUAGUUGACCUUAGCCACAGUCACACUGUCUCCGUUGCUCAAUUUUCCUAGGAAGCAACUCCCAAGAACAUUCCUGCUCCCUCUGUCCCAUCAGAUGUCAGGACCCAUGCUGAGCAGCACUCACAGCACCUUCGUGUGCGUCAGGAACAGCCCACCCCUUGCACCGUGGGGCCUCUUGGGCAGACAGUCGGUGGGCAGGUGGGGCUCAGACUGCAGCUGGGCUCCAGCUGCCCUGCAGAACGACACUGGCUGAGCCACAAGGAGCCCAGCGCCUGAGUGCUCCUCACCGCAAGCACCUCCAUCAGGGCCGUGCUGGCGAAAUGAGCGCAGCUGGGGACUCGCGCCUGGGUGAUGUUUGUGUGGCUCUGGGGAGUCGGAGACUGUUUUCCCCCAUGUGGGAAAGUCUUCGAUUACCCUCUUGUAGGUGGGAUUGCAGUUGUUCUUGGUGAUCAUUUCUUAUUACAGGCAGUUAGUAUGUCUUGUGUGAUUCAGGACAUCAUUGAGUUGAUUGGUUGCUUUUUUGUUGAAAUUUGGAUUUUUAUAUGUGUAUAUAUGUGUAUGUACACAUACCAAUAUUUUUUACCAUAUGAGAACUGUAGUAGCUAAUUUUCUGAUUUCCUAUUUUAUAAUGAAAUUAGAUGGGUUAGAAAAUAUAAAACAUUUUGUAUUCUAGAAAUAAUUUAUUUUGGGAGUACCUUUUUAUAAUAGUCUGGUCUCACUUUUAGAAAAUGGAAGCACAGUGAAUGUGGGUCUGAUCUGUAGGGACGAGCGGGAGUGGACACCCCGCAAUCCCGGUCCUGGCAGUAUCCGGUCCCCGGCAUUUCCGGUCGGUGCUCUUUGGGAAAUGGAACUGUGGGCAACUCCACUACACAAAGGAGGCCGUUCUGUGCCCCUCCAGCAUGAGAGGGGCCUCCAGAGACAGUACAAGGAGGAGAAGAAAAGGCGGUGACUUAUUUUUCCCCUCCUAUACCUCACUACUUAGUAGCAUCUCUUCUGAAAGCUUCCGCUACAGCCCAUCAGGAGAGAGGACCUCAACAGGUCAGAGUGUUCAGUGUCGACGUGAAAUACUCACACUUGGCAGCAUCAACUCCUUUUCAAGUAUUACCUACAGCAGUCAGUGUACUUGUACAGAGCUAACUUUCGUGGGUAGGAUGUGUAGCUCAGCUUUGGGGGGGGUGGGGUUUCCGAGUGACCAGUACUUGUAAGGAAUUAAGAGGGCCCCUGGGAGGCACAAAAAGAGAGAGCAGACAGUGGCCGUCUCCCCUGGGGAACAGACGUUAGGAAGUGGCUUGUUGACAUGCAGCUAAGUGUCCUGAAGUGAGUCGCGGCAGCGUCUCUGACAGUCGGAGAAGGUAGCAGAACUGUGUUGAGUAUUUGUACUCGUUGCAAUGAUUUCGAAGGACCUGUGUUCACUAAAUGGUAUUAAUUGCACUUACUAAUGAAAACAUGUUAUGCUUAUUUUUUUAAAGUAGAUUUUCUUUGGGGGAGCAGAAAUGAGAUGCUCUUGUUAUAUUUAUGAUAUGACAAAGAGUGAAAGUUUUUAAAAAAUAACUAGUAGGUUAUACUUCACUCACAUUGUGAUCUGCAGCCCCAAACAGUGUUGUGAAGCCCUCUGCCGAGCCGAGUGCUGUGGAAGGAAACCCGUGUGUGAGCCCCCGAAAGCCCCGCCCCCCUGCUCUGGGACGAGCCGCCGAAGCCAUCGUCCCGGAGAGUGAGCGUGUAAUGCUGCUCGGCCUUUCAGAUGAUAUUUGAAUCUGUCCGUGUCAACGUGAGCAAAAACUGAAACAUUUCAUAACUGUUCUAAGCGUUAUUAGAGAUCCUGUGUUAACAGUUUGUGUGCCCGCUGCUCUGUUUUGGAAACACAUUUAUAUAGAGAAGCUGGAGUAAAUUUUGUUAAAUAAAGCGACUGUCAAAUGGUCUCUACCUUUUCA